AUGUCUGUUCCCCCCGGCCCGCCCCUCAACCCCGAUGCCACAGCGUCUGGUAUCGUUCUCGAUCCGCGCACGCUCGAACGCGUGAUUCCAGCCUCCAGGCGCAAGGAUGGAUCUGUUCGUAAAGAGCAAAAGGUUCGCCAGGGGUACGUCCCACAAGAGGAUGUGGGCGCGUUUCGCCCUCGACGACAGCAGGAGGCCGACGCACGCCGUGGUGUUGUGCCAGGAUCGAAUCGCAACGGCACCGGUGGCGCAGCGUCUGCGUCUGCGUCUGCUUCCCCAUCCCCAUCCCCAUCCACACCCGCGUCCAAGCCCGAGCAGGAGGUCAUGAGCGACAAACGCCAGCAGAAGGAUGCCGAAGACCGACCGGCUCAUCACAACUGGGACAGCGAGUCGGACGACGACGAUGACGAGGAGGCUACAAGGAAGGCGUUUGCGCAGUUGGCAGUCAACCCAAGCGACAGUUCUGCCUUCCCUCCACUGGGCUCCAAGCCCGAGGACAAGGGCAAGGAGAGGCGCGUUUCGGCGUCGGCAUCGCGCUCUGGGUCGCCGACCAAGACUCCAAGCUCGCCAAGGAAGGGCAGUGCUGCCACUGCGACACCCGUCAGGACAGGCCCGGCCCCGGCAGGUCUGAAGCUGUCGCCAUCGCCGACAAAGACGCGCGCCGACACGCCCGGACGAUGGACAAAGCAUGCCCACGUGUAUGCGACUCCGCCCACGCCGGCAGCGCCGGCGGCGUCGGUGCCAGCAGCAGCAGCAGUUCCUGCCGAACCCCGAGUCCGCCAGCCUGUCCGUGUGCGUGAAGUGGGACCCCUCGCCGACCGCGUGCGGAGUAUACUGGAGCACAACGCGGCGCUGGACAAGCCUCGCCGGAAUCCCGGCGCCGCUGCUCCCGGAAAGGAGUAG